UAAGUUGGAUAAAAGUAAGUAUAUAAAUAUUUAUAUAACUAUAUACAUAUAGACAAAGGAAGUAAUUACUUAUAUAAUUAGUUACUACGAAUGUGGCGCCAUGGAUUCAACGAGCUGCAGAUAUUAAGGCCGAAAUCGUUAUUAAUCACGAGUUGGAACACAAGUUACAACAGCAUAAUGAAGAAAUUGUUAAGCUUAUUAAGGACGUACGAUUCAAGGAUCAAGCACUUCAAGAAUAUGAAGUCAAGAUAAGUUUACUUGAAAAGAGAAUGGAAAUAGCCAAAAAGGAGGUGGAACAUAUGAAGUCUUUAGAGGAAGAUCUCGAGAAAUCUAUGAAUCAAGAACAAAUGUAUGUUGAAGCUAUGGAGAAUCUUCAAAACGAAUAUGAUGCACUGGAAAUGGAAAACAUGCAACUUAAAAAGGAAGUUAGUAAACGAGAAGAGACUCGACAGUCUUUGUUAAGAAAAACCAACUUUGAAGUUGGUGAGGAUUCAACUCAAAUGCAAGAAAUGGCAAGCCAUUAUCAUGAAUUAUCAGGACAGAUUGAGAUAUUAAAGGCCUCAAUUCGUUAUUUACGAGCUGAAAAUGCUCAAUUAAAGAGCAAUGCCUAUGCUCAAUUGCUCGAACCAGAUAGAGUACUUGAAACAAAAUCUAACCGACGUGAAUUGCUUAAUGAAGUAGCUCGAGAAACAAGAGCAUUAAUUAAAGAUAUGCGUAUAACAAGUGCCUCACCUCGUAUAGUUCAACUCCAACGUCAUUCUAAAUGGCAAAGUAUGAAAAAGUCACCUGACUAUCAAUAUCAAACGCAGCAAUCUGUAUUAUAUACACUUAAACAACGUAGCGUUCAGCUGAGACAUCGAAUAGUGAAUGAUCUUCAGGUUUCAACCAACCAGAAAAAGAAUCAAAAGUCUUCCGAUCAGCAAGAAGAACAACAAACAAAGCUUGGUAUUAUAAAGAUUCCUAAUAUUAAUUCUAUUACAGCGACAGAUUCGGUACACUGCAUUGAUAUCCAAAGUUUAAACAAAUUCAAGCAAAUCCAUAGUAUUUUUAUACAGUCAUAAAAAAAAAAAAUGCUUCUCAAACCUGAUUCGACGAUAUCAGUAUAUAUUUCUUUGUACUCCCAUCAUCAGUCUUUUUGAGAUGCAAUAAGUCUCUUUAUUUUAUUUUUUUCCUUUUCCUUUUUUUUUUUUAAUUCUACUGUUU